AUGUCAGCCAUCCGCUCUUCCGUCUCAGGUCUCGCCCGCACCUUCAAGCUCAACAGCUUGCCUGCCCUCCGAGUUUCUCGACUCCACACAAUCCCCUCGGCCGCCGCACCCCACUCACCAACACUUCCGACCUCGCGCAUCAGCCCAGGCUCAUUUCGCCAGGGGCUCACGCACAGCAAGUUCGGUAGCAGCCAAGGACAGUGCAGACUCUACGCCGCGGGCCCUAGGAACCUCGGCGAGACCGGAGGCAGCAAGAAUCCAUUCCCGGUUGUGCCCUUGGUAUUGAUAUUUACAGCCGGAAGUGGUGGAUUUUAUUUGUUGGUGAAUAGCCGAAAGGAAACAAUGCCCGCCACCGAGAAGACUCUUCCCCGCAGCCCUAAGAAGGCUAAGACUACGCCCACUUUCUCCCCUAAGGAUGUCUCCGUAAUCUUUGUCCUUGGUGGUCCUGGUGCCGGAAAGGGUACACAAUGCCAGAACCUAGUCCGCGACUAUGGUUUCGUGCACCUCUCUGCCGGCGAUCUGCUUCGCGCUGAACAGAACCGCGAUGGCAGCGAGUUUGGCGAACUCAUCAAAACAUACAUCCGUGAAGGCCGUAUUGUGCCCAUGGAGGUCACUGUUGCUCUACUUGAGAAUGCCAUGAAGGAGUCUAUUGCAAAUGGCCAGAACAGGUUUCUGAUCGACGGUUUCCCGAGGCAGAUGGACCAGGCAAUUAAGUUCGAGACCGAAGUGUGCCCAAGCGUAUUUACCCUCUUCUUCGACUGCCCUGAAGAGGUCAUGUUGGAGAGGUUGCUGAAGCGUGGUGAGACGAGCGGACGGGAGGACGAUAACAUUGAGAGUAUCAAGAAGCGUUUCAGGACGUUUGUGAACACUAGCAUGCCGGUGGUGGAUAUGUUUGAGAAAGAGGGCAAGGUUGUGAGGGUGGACUGCACCCAGGGAGUGGAAGAGGUCUACAGUGCGGUCAAGAAGGAGGUCUCGUCCAAGUUUAAGCCAAUGAAGGAGAAAGCGGUAAUGACCGCAUGA